AACACUUCAUCCUCUAAAGCCAUCAUGGUGUCCCAUAAGGAGUUCGCAACUGCAGGAAAACAGCCGGGCCUGCAGGUGUGGCGCAUCGAGAACUUGGACCUGAAGCCCGUUCCCAAGGCGCUGCAUGGAAACUUCUACACCGGAGAUGCCUAUUUGCUGCUCUUUACCACCUCUGCGCCCUCAUAUAACAUACACAUGUGGUUGGGUGAUGAGUGCUCUCAGGAUGAAAGCGGCGCGGCCGCCAUCUUCGCCAUGCAGUUGGAUGACUUCUUGGGUGGAGGGCCGGUGCAGUUCCGAGAGCUGCAGAGGAGCGAAUCCAACACCUUCCUAGGUUACUUCAAGUCGGGCGUCACGUACAAGAAAGGGGGCGUGGCAUCCGGUUUCCAGCAUGUGGUGACCAACGAAGCCAACGUGAAACGGCUGCUUCACGUCAAAGGUCGCAGGGCCAUCCGAGCCACUGAGGUGGAACUGUCCUGGGCCAGCUUCAACAAGGGGGACUGCUUCAUUGUUGACCUGGGAAAGGACAUCUACCAGUGGUGCGGCAGUGAGUGCAACCGCUUCGAGAGGCUGAAGGCCUCAAACGUGGCCAUCCACAUCCGAGACAAUGAGAGGAACGGCCGCGCCAAGCUGCACAUGGAGGAGGAGGGCCAGGAGACGGCAGAAUUCAUUGCGGCGUUGGGACCUAAAACUGCUAUUGCACCAAGCACUCCUGAUGAUGAGAAAGUGGAGAGCGCCAACAGGAAGAAAGGUGCCCUUUACAUGAUCUCUGACGCCUCGGGCUCCAUGAAGUUGUCUGUGGUGGCCCCCUCCAGCCCCUUCAAGCAGGCCAUGUUGUCUCCUGAGGAGUGUUACAUUCUGGAUAACGGUGGAGACAAGAACAUUUUUGUUUGGAAAGGUCCGAGAGCCAACAUGUCCGAGCGGAAAGCCGCCAUGUCCGCUGGCCAGAAGUUUAUUAAAGAAAAGAAUUACAGCAGCAAGUGUCGGCUCCAAGUGCUCCCAGCCGGGGCCGAGACCAUCCUGUUCAAGCAAUUCUUCAUUGACUGGAAGGAUAAAGAUGAGACCACCGGGCCUAGUCAGGCCCACGUUAUUGGCCGCAUUGCCAAAGUGGAGCAGGUGCCUUUCGACGCGUCCAGCCUGCACACUAAUAAAGCUAUGGCGGCUCAGCAUGGCAUGGUAGACGACGGCAAGGGCAAGUUUGAGAUUUGGCGUGUGGAGAAUGGCGAACUGGUUCCUGUGGAUUCUGCAUCUUAUGGUCACUUCUAUGGAGGUGACUGUUACCUCAUCCUCUACAAGUACAAGACAGGACAGAUCAUUUACACUUGGCAGGGCCUGAAGGCUACACAGGACGAACUGGCAGCAUCGGCGUUCCUCACCGUCAAACUGGAUGACUCAAUGGGAGGUUCACCCGUUCAGGUGAGAGUGACUCAAGGCCAGGAGCCCCCCCACCUGAUGAGCCUGUUCCAGGGCAGACCCAUGAUCAUCCACCUCGGAGGAACAUCCCGUAAAGGUGGCCAAACUCAAAGCGGCAACACUCGCCUUUUCCACAUCCGCCAGAGCACCUCCCACAUGACCCGAGCCGUGGAGGUGGAGGUCUGCGCUUCCAAGCUCAAUACCAACGACGCGUUUGUGCUGAAGUCACCGAGCGGUGUGUUCGUGUGGCGCGGCGUGGGCGCCAGCGAUGACGAGAUGGAGGCCGCCAAGCACGUGGUGGGCUUCCUGGGUGGAAGCGCCACCCAUGUUGCAGAGGGAAAGGAGCCAGCUGCUUUCUGGUCCAGCCUGAACGGCAAGAAGGCAUACCAGGACUGCAAGACUCUGCAGAACGUGAUCAGGGCACCGCGUCUGUUUGGCUGCUCCAACAAAAGUGGAAGACUUAUUAUUGAAGAAGUACCAGGUGAUUUUACUCAGUCUGACCUGGCCACUGAUGAUGUCAUGAUUCUGGAUACCUGGGGCCAACUCUUCCUUUGGAUUGGAAAGGAGGCCAAUGCACAGGAAAGGACCGGAGCUCCCAAAUUAGCAAGGGAAUAUCUGGAUUCAGACCCGACCGGUCGCAAGGGGCUGCCCAUUACAACCAUCAAACAGGGAGCCGAACCGCCAAUUUUCACCGGCUGGUUCCACGCUUGGGACACCAAGAUGUGGGAGACUGAUCCGUACGACAGAAUCCGCGCUCGCUUCUGA